AUGUAACAGACACUCUGCCAUAUUUCCAACUCAGUCUCCCAUUCUUCACCCAAUUUAGAAGGGGAGAAAGAGUAGAGAAUGGCCGGAAUCUCAGUGCUCAGAGGCACCACCGCUUACGGCCGCUUGCCUCUGUUUCAUUACCCUCAGUUGCCGGUAUCUAUAAGCGUAUCAGCAAGCAAGCAAAAAUACGGUCGUGGAAAGUUUUCCCUCUUCGCUCGAUACUCGCAGUCACAGGACGUGUUCACCACGCGUCUUCAAGAUAGCAUUGAGAACUUGCCGAAACUUGUGGAGGAUAUUAUACAGACAUCCAUAAAUACAGGCCCUCGUGGUGCUCUUAGACUAGCUCAAGGUAUACAAGCUGUUAUUGGUGUUGGUAGCGAGUGGCUGGCUGAUGCUUCUAAGACAGCAAGUUCGCCUAGUGGAUUAGCGACUGAGUUGCAGCUUGGAUUAUUAUCACCCGUUUACUUGAGGAAAUUAUUCGAGCGCAUGGGGGCAACUUAUAUUAAGUUAGGCCAGUUAAUAGCAUCUGCACCAACAUUAUUUCCUCCAGAGUAUGUCCAGGAGUUUCAGUACUGUUUCGACAGAGCUCCUUCAGUUCCGUUCCAAGAGAUUCAAGCAAUUUUGCGUGAGGAAUUAGGCAAGCCGAUUGAUAGUGUCUUUGAGUACGUGGACCCUACGCCAUUAGCUUCUGCAUCCAUAGCGCAGGUGCACGGUGCUAGGAUAAAGGGUACUCAAGAGGAUGUAGUGAUAAAGGUUCUAAAACCGGGAAUAGAAGAUAUCUUGGUCGCAGAUUUGAACUUUGUGUAUGUUGUUGUGCGCAUCUUGGAGUUUUUGAGCCCCGAAUUGAGCAGAGCAUCUCUGGUUGCGAUUGUCAAAGAUAUAAGGGAGUCGAUGCUCGAAGAAGUCGACUUUAAGAAGGAGGCUAAAAAUGUAGAGUCUUUUAAGCGAUAUUUGGAAGCUAUGGGACUAACGAGGCAGGCUACAGCUCCAAAAGUAUAUCCAGAGUACAGCACUACUCGGGUUCUUACAAUGGAGAGGCUUUACGGAGUUCCUCUCACAGACUUAAACUCCAUUAACACUCUCGUUCCGAAUCCAGAGACUAGCCUGAUAACUGCCUUAAAUGUCUGGUUUGGUAGCUUGCUUGCAUGCGAAUCCUUUCAUGCAGACGUACACGCAGGCAAUCUGUGGUUAUUGCGUGAUGGACGUAUUGGGUUUCUCGACUUUGGAAUUGUCGGGCGCAUAUCUCCAAAAACUUGGGGUGCCAUGGAGAUAUUUCUGGCUUCAUUAGCAACUGAAGAAUACGAGUCAAUGGCUUCUUCCUUGAUCGAUAUGGGUGCUACGAGCCAAAAUGUCGACUCUAAGGCAUUUGCAAGAGAUCUCGAAAAUAUAUUUUCCUCCAUACAGGAUUUGGACACAGAAAUAAUUGUUGCUGCUGCCAGAGAACCAAAUACUAACGCCACUGCAGUUUCUGCCAAUCUUCGUGUCGACGAGAGACAAAUGAAUGCACUGUUUCUUGAUUUGGUUCGAGUAAGUGAAUCGUAUGGGCUGAGAUUUCCCAGGGAGUUUGCGCUUCUUAUGAAGCAGCUUCUUUAUUUCGACCGAUACACUCGACUGUUGGCUCCCAAUUUGAACAUGCUGAGAGAUCAGAGGAUAACUAUUGCUUCAAAUCAGAGCAGCAGAAGCACUUACCGGUGAAGUUUCAUAAUAAUGGCAGCAGUGUGUAUAUCUUUCUUUACUGUGGGGUGAUAUUGUAAGAAUUUACUCCUUAAGCAAUUAUUCCCCUUAAAACUCCCUCAGUAUAUAAAUAUAUAUUUGAAAUCAAUAUAGACUGUUGUAUAUAAAUAUGGAACAAGCUGAUAGAUCCUUCUAUAUAUAUAUAUAUAUAUCGAGUAAGUUGCCUCGUAUGGAUUU